AUGAAAGCAAACGACAGCGUUCGAAACUUUGCGGCGGAUAUCCAGAAAAUAAAAACAUGGAACCACAUAUAUGAGAAGAAGAUGGAGCUGUUUCACUUGAAGAAGUUAAUUCAGCAAGAAAUGUUAGCAGCAGGAGCAGCGUCAGCGGGCAGCGCGAAACAAACCGAGGGCGCAGAAGGGAAAAGCAAAACGGAUGGAACGAACUUGAGUAGGGACCACAAGGAAACGACGCCGACCAGUGUUAACACAGGUAAAAGUAAAUUGUCCUUUUUUUUAACCACACCUUUAUCGUACGAUAACUAUUUUAAUUUGAAAAAAACUGAAAACAAUGGCACGACAACAGUGUCUAGGAAGGAAAGGGGGAAACUUCUGAGCAGGAAGGAGUGUGCGUUGCCUUCAAAGGUUGGUCAUGGUGAGAACAAAGAGAGUGGUAAUAAGAGGGAAAAAUGCUUAUCCAGUGUAGGAAAUUAUGCCAGCGGGGGAGAGAGAACAAAUGGUACGCAAAGUGUGCCCGUGAAAAGUGAACACAAGGAUGACAAACCAAAUGAGAGAGGCGCAGAAAAUAAAGAGGAAGGACAUUGUAAUAAAAGUUCGAGUCAAAAGCAUCACAUCACUUCAGAGGUUGGUAGUAGCUGCUACACUGGGGGGAUAAACAAAACAGAUGACUUGGGGCCGUUUUGCAAAAGGGAUAGAAAAAGCCCAUUGAGUAGUUACAACCUCUCCAGCAGCACCAAAGGUAAACUCUCCAAUGCAAUUACUACCCUCUGUGUUGAAAAAAAGAAAAAUUAUUUUACCUGCAUGAGCAAACAUGUUGAUGGGUACAUAAAGGAACAGGUAAAGAAAGGAGUGCCCGAUCACUUGAGAGGAUUCGUAUGGCAGAUUUUAGUACAGUCAUAUGAAUACAAAAAGGAGAAUAAAGUUACAGAAAAAAAUGAUUCAAAUGAGUGUAGAAGGAGUAUGUACCAGUAUUACUUGAGCAUAACUAACCAAUACGAAACUACAAUCAAAAAAGAUAUGAACAGGACAUAUCCUAAACACAUUUUAUUUAAAAAUAAUUAUGAACAAGGUCAGCAAAUACUUUUUAAUGUUCUAAAGGCUUACAGUAAUUAUAACAAAAGUUUAGGUUACUGCCAAGGAAUGGCAUUCAUCGUGGCGACCUUUAUUCUUUACAUGAAUGAAGAGGAUGCAUUUUUUAUGUUAAUAGCUUUAAUACACAAAUACAAUCUGAAUGAUCUUUUCUCUUCUGAUAUGUCCUUGUUAAAUGAGGAUCUGUUCAUCCUAGACCAAUUGCUGCUUGUAUUUUUCCCCAAGACAUACUUGCAUCUGAAGAAGGAAAACGUACACUCGAGCAUGUUUGCCUCCCAAUGGUUUGUUACUCUCUUCUCCUACAGCAUUAGCAUUGUUUAUUUAGUUAGGAUAUGGGAUUUUUUUUUCAUUUAUGGUCCCUCGUUUUUGUUUAAGGUAGCUCUGGCUUACUUCAAAUUGCAAGAGGAGGCUAUACUUGGCGAAUCCUUUGAGGGGAUCCUGAACAGGCUAAAGGUCCUAUCCAGGCACGUGGAGCUGGACCAGCUAAUUGACACAGCUCUAGGGUCCAGAAAAUCGUCCGAGAAGUCGUCCACGGGAAGUUGGAAGUCCUCCAUAAAGAACGAGAUGAACUCUGCGAAGGGGGGAAACAUCUCGUGA